AUGUGGCCGCUCGCGGUCGCCGCGCUGGUGACGUACCUGCUGCGGCGCAAGUCGACGGUCUACCUGCUCGACUUUUCGCUCUUUGAGCCGCCCGAAGAGUGGAAGAAGUCGCAGGCGGAGCUCGUGCAGCUGAUGAACAACAUUGGGCGGUCGAUGAAGUCGUACGAGGAGCCCGACCUCGAGUUCAUGGCCAAGGUGCUCGGCAACUCGGGCACCGGCGACGCGACCGCGUGGCCGCCCGGCAUCCUGCAGUGCGAGGACCCAACGAAGCAGCAGGACCAGACGAUGGUCGCGGCGAGGCACGAGGCGGAGACCGUCAUCUGCUCGACGCUGCAGCGGCUCUUCGAGAGCACGGGCCUGAAGCCGAAGCAGGUGGACUUCCUGAUCAUCAACUGCUCCCUCUUCUCGCCCACCCCCUCCCUCUGCGCGAUGGCCUCCAACCGGUUCGGCCUCCGCUCCAACUGCCGCACCUUCAACCUCUCCGGCCAGGGCUGCUCCGCCUCGCUCCUGUCGGUCGACCUGGCGGCGGAGCUGCUGCAGAACAACCCCUGCUCGCUCGCGGUGGUCGUCUCGACCGAGCUCAUCACCCAGCACUCCUCCCCGCAACACUCCCUCUCACUGCCUCUCACUACCUCUCCCGCUGCGGCGGCCUCGCCCCAACCCUCCCCCGGACCCCCGCAGGCCUUCCUCCUGCAGAACACGCUCUUCCGCUGCGGCGGCGCCGCAGUCGCGCUCACAAACAAGGCGUCGCUCAUCGGGCGUGCAAAGUACCGCCUCCGUCACUUGGUGCGCACGCAGAUCACCGACGACGAGUCGUACUCCGCCGUCUUCCAGUGCGAGGACGGCUCGGGCGCGACGGGCGUCCGGCUCUCCAAGAAGAUCGUCGAGGUGGCGGGCAACGCGAUGAAGGUCAACCUGACGCAGCUCGGCCCGCUCGUGCUUCCCCUCUCGGAGCAGCUGCGCGUUGUGUGGUCCUUGCUGAGGCGCUCGCCCAAGCGGUACCUCCCCUCCUUCAAGGCCGCCAUCGACCACUUUUGCAUCCACGCCGGCGGCCGCGCGGUGCUCGACGGCAUCGAGAAGAACCUCAAGCUCGACCCGGACGACAUGCUGCCGAGCCGGACCGUGCUGCGCGAGCGGGGCAACACCUCCUCCUCCUCGAUCUGGUACGAGCUGCGCUACAUCGAGGAGCACGCAAACAUCCGCCGCGGCCACAAGGCGCGCCCCCGCCGCCGCUCGCCGCCGUCUGCACCGCCCACCUCACCGCCCUCCGCCCUCCGCCCUGCCGCACAGGUGAUGCAGCUCGGCUUUGGCUCGGGCUUCAAGUGCAACUCGGCGGUGUGGUCUCGCUGCCGGUAG